UGCCGUUGUGGGCAGCGGCGCAUGCGCCGCGUGAGGCGCGGCGCUUUCCUUCCGGCCGCCAUCUCGUUCGCUCCGCGUGCAGAGCUCAGCGCCGCGGAACCCCCAGCCCCUCGCGUUUCUCCUCCCUGCUCUGGGGUCCCCGCUUCCGCCGCGGGAAGAUGAAAGAAACAAUCAUGAAUCAAGAGAAGCUGGCCAAGCUGCAGGCCCAAGUGCGCAUCGGUGGCAAGGGUACUGCCCGCAGAAAGAAGAAGGUUGUCCACAGAACAGCUACAGCCGAUGACAAGAAACUUCAGUUUUCUUUGAAGAAACUGGGAGUCAACAAUAUUUCUGGUAUUGAAGAGGUAAACAUGUUUACCAACCAAGGAACAGUCAUUCACUUCAAUAACCCUAAAGUUCAGGCAUCUCUGGCUGCUAACACUUUCACUAUCACCGGCCAUGCUGAGACAAAGCAGCUGACAGAAAUGCUUCCUAGCAUCUUAAACCAGCUUGGAGCUGACAGUCUGACCAGCCUGAGGAGGUUGGCAGAAGCCCUACCCAAGCAGCCUGUGGAUGGGAAAGCACCUCUUGCUACUGGUGAAGAUGAUGAUGAUGAAGUUCCUGAUCUGGUUGAAAACUUCGAUGAAGCUUCAAAGAAUGAGGCAAACUGAACUUUAAGUGUCACUUUCUGAAUAAAGUUAAAACUUGAAAAAGCUACAUGGAGCUGCUAUUUUAUAUUGUGACUGCUUUGAUUUUUCUUUUUAUUUCCUGAUGAGAUCUCAAGAUCUGUGAUAUUUGGAAACUCCUUGAACCUGCAGCUCUUUAGUUACUGCUUGUACAC